AUGGCUCGCUUUCGUGCAUCCUUCGGACGAAUUUUAACAAUUGGUGGAUUGACGGCUGCUACAAGUUCUGUGGCUGUUUACAACGCAUUUGUAACUGAUAGAGCCUCAGCACAAUCUCCGAUAUUAGAUGCCCCGGUUGAAACUCUCGAAGAACGACUGAAAGCAAAACAGUGGGACUCUGAUUGGGAUAGGAGGAAUUUCGGCGAUAUAAAAAGGAUAAUCGCGUCAAAAAACCUAAAUGUGAUUGAUGAUACUGUGUUGAAAAAGAAUUUUUCAGUUGAAAGUGACAGCUCGAGCGGUGAAGAAGAUGCAACAGAAGAUAAGAUAAAAAAGCCAAAAGCAACCAGGCAUUUGAUAUUUGUUCGCCAUGGGCAGUAUAACAGUGGUAAAAGUGAUGACGAGAAAACAUUGACUGAUCUUGGAAGGUUAGAUCACCAUGUGACUGGAAGAUCCUGCCCCCAGCACGACAUGUCAAGUGACCCAAAACACAUGCUCCUCCCUGGUGGCAUUAACUGCUGUUAA